CUUGCCCCACCUCCACCGCUGCCACCACCGAUACAGGGAUAUGCCUUCAAACCACCCCCCCGACCAGAUUUUGGGACUUCUGGGAGAACAAUCAAACUGCAGGCCAACUUCUUUGAAAUGGACAUUCCUAAAAUAGAUAUCUACCAUUAUGAAUUGGAUAUAAAGCCAGAAAAAUGCCCUAGAAGAGUUAACAGAGAAAUCGUGGAGCAUAUGGUUCAGCACUUUAAAACACAGAUCUUUGGAGAUCGCAAACCAGUGUUUGAUGGAAGAAAAAAUCUUUAUACAGCUAUGCCGCUUCCUAUCGGGAGAGAUAAAGUGGAGUUGGAGGUCACGCUGCCAGGAGAAGGGAAGGACAGAAUAUUUAAGGUGGCUAUAAAGUGGAUGUCCUGUGUGAGUUUGCAGGCUUUACAUGAUGCUCUUUCUGGUCGGCUGCCAAGUGUCCCAUUUGAGACCAUCCAGGCACUGGAUGUGGUCAUGAGGCACUUGCCUUCCAUGAGGUAUACUCCUGUGGGCCGAUCUUUUUUUACAGCAUCAGAAGGGUGCUCAAAUCCCUUAGGUGGUGGCAGAGAAGUCUGGUUUGGGUUUCAUCAAUCAGUCAGACCUUCAUUAUGGAAAAUGAUGUUAAAUAUUGAUGUGUCUGCGACUGCAUUUUACAAAGCACAGCCAGUUAUAGAGUUUGUAUGUGAAGUUUUGGACUUCAAAAGUAUCGAAGAACAACAGAAACCUCUGACAGAUUCCCAAAGGGUAAAGUUUACCAAAGAAAUAAAAGGUCUAAAGGUGGAGAUAACACACUGUGGACAAAUGAAAAGAAAGUACAGAGUGUGCAAUGUUACCAGACGGCCAGCAAGUCACCAAACGUAAAGUAUUUUGUUUCUUUUUGAAUAUGUGUUUAUACGUUUAAUCUCAUGCUGUAUGAGUACCUAUCUUGACAGGCACAAGUUAGUUCUACGCUACCCUCAUCUUCCAUGUUUACAAGUCGGACAGGAGCAGAAACACACGUACCUCCCUCUCGAGGUGUGCAACAUAGUGGCAGGACAGAGAUGCAUAAAAAAACUGACAGACAAUCAGACUUCCACUAUGAUUCGGGCAACCGCCCGCUCGGCACCUGAUCGCCAAGAAGAGAUUAGCAAAUUGAUGCGGAGUGCGAGUUUCAACACUGACCCUUAUGUUCGUGAGUUUGGGAUAAUGGUCAAAGACGAGAUGACCGAUGUGACCGGCAGAGUCCUGCAGCCUCCCUCAAUCCUCUACGGAGGCCGGAAUAAAGCAAUUGCCACACCAGUUCAAGGUGUUUGGGACAUGAGGAAUAAGCAGUUUCACACUGGAAUUGAAAUAAAAGUUUGGGCAAUUGCGUGCUUUGCUCCUCAGCGCCAGUGCACUGAAGUUCAUCUUAAGUCCUUUACGGAACAGCUGAGGAAGAUUUCCCGGGAUGCAGGGAUGCCCAUUCAGGGGCAGCCCUGUUUCUGCAAAUAUGCCCAGGGAGCCGACAGCGUGGAGCCCAUGUUCAGGCACCUCAAAAACACCUACACGGGGCUGCAGCUCGUCGUGGUCAUUCUGCCAGGGAAAACACCAGUCUACGCGGAGGUGAAGCGUGUUGGUGACACAGUGCUGGGAAUGGCCACGCAGUGUGUCCAGAUGAAAAAUGUACAAAGAACAACACCACAAACCCUUUCCAACCUUUGCUUAAAAAUAAACGUGAAAUUAGGGGGUGUAAAUAAUAUUUUGCUGCCACAGGGAAGACCAUCAGUAUUUCAGCAGCCUGUUAUAUUCCUUGGUGCAGAUGUAACUCAUCCGCCAGCUGGGGAUGGAAAGAAGCCUUCUAUUGCUGCAGUUGUAGGGAGCAUGGAUGCUCAUCCGAAUCGUUACUGUGCCACUGUCCGGGUCCAGCAGCACCGCCAAGAAAUCAUCCAGGAUUUGGCUGCCAUGGUCAGGGAGCUGCUUAUUCAGUUCUACAAAUCAACCAGAUUUAAACCAACUCGCAUUAUUUUCUACCGAGAUGGUGUUUCCGAGGGGCAGUUCCAACAGGUUCUCCACCACGAGUUGCUGGCCAUUAGGGAAGCCUGUAUUAAGCUGGAGAAGGAUUACCAGCCUGGGAUUACGUUUAUAGUUGUGCAGAAGAGGCAUCACACCAGGCUCUUCUGCACAGAUAAAAACGAACGGGUUGGAAAAAGUGGAAACAUUCCAGCUGGCACCACAGUGGACACAAAAAUCACCCAUCCAUCAGAAUUUGACUUCUACCUAUGCAGCCACGCAGGGAUUCAGGGAACAAGCAGACCUUCUCAUUACCACGUGCUCUGGGACGACAACCGGUUCUCCUCGGACGAGCUGCAGAUCCUCACCUACCAGCUGUGCCACACGUACGUGCGCUGCACGCGCUCCGUCUCCAUCCCCGCGCCCGCCUACUACGCCCACCUGGUGGCCUUCAGAGCCCGGUACCAUCUGGUGGACAAGGAACACGAUAGCGCUGAAGGAAGCCACACUUCUGGGCAGAGCAACGGCAGAGAUCACCAAGCACUUGCUAAAGCAGUUCAAGUUCACCAGGACACGUUGCGCACUAUGUACUUCGCUUGACAUGUUUUAGUGUUCAGCGACUCCGCGCACGACACAGUUGGGUUCACGUGAGACCAGCUGCACUUAGACCAACAGAUGCCCAAGCUACGGUGACAGCCAGCAAGGAGGGAUGCAUCCUCAUUCCUUUUCCCAUUUGCAAGAAAGCCUUCCGUCCAGGAGUUUCAGACUUGGUUACCAACUGCAGUCUUCUACAAAACCCCACAAUUGUUGGAAAUGUGGCUUGCCAAAAAUCUCUUGAGCUGCUUGUUACUAAACAGACCCAUGUUUUAUAAUCAAGUCAAGAGCUGUGAUCUCAGGG